AUGUCUGCGCUUGGUAUCUGCUCCCUACCAAUGGAUACUAUUUUCUGCAUUAUCCAAGACCUCACCUCGUGUCAAGCAGAGUCGGGUGUCACCCAGCGUCGACAUCUGCUAUCCCUAGCUCUGACCUGUCGAUUCCUGAGCGAGCCCGUCCUCGACACCAUGUGGCACACGCUCAGGUCGCUUUCCCCCCUUCUGCGUACGCUACCCGAGGAUCUCUGUACAGUGGUACCGCUUACACUCCAGAGUGCACGCGUCGAGUCUGUCCCUUGGUAUCAGCUUGUCUUUCUUCGGGCCCCAGCCGUGCAUGAUUUCAAGCGCUUCUUCACGUACUCCAAGCGUGUCAAGAAAUAUACCGGAGCCGCGUACCGGCACGAUCCUCGACUCUCCGUUGUCUGCGAGGAUGCCUCAUUACCGCCCCCCGACCUCUUGGAGACGCUCUGCACUGCAAUCAGCGAACUCCCCUCUGCGCGCUCCAUCGAGGAGUUGAUCAUAGGUCUGGGUCAGCGAAUAUUGAUCCCGCGCGAGGUCUCGCUGGAAGCGCACUACCGGGGCGCAUUCGUUCUGGACGAUCUCGUGCUCGAAUGCGCUGCGACGGGCUGGCCCCAUAUCAAGAAGCUCGUCUUCGGAUGGCAGGUUAGCAAUGGCGACACGGGAGGCCCUGUUCAAAAUAGCAAACUGCCCGAGGUGACGCUCGCAGGCCUCCUCCAUCUCACUCGCCGGUGCCCCAAGUUGGCAGAGCUCGCCCUUGCUGUAGAUAUGCGCACCCUGCCGGGCAGCUGUCGGGAUCUCGAGUUCGCGCGCUCCCUGCCGGUGCCUCUGGAGGGGCCUGCAGUGCCUGCUCUGCAUCUUUUCAACAUUACCGGCUCCGUGUUGGAGGACUACUCGGACACAGGUGUUGCGUCGUUCAUCUCUCUGGUCUUCCCGCGGCUCCGGUGGAUGUCGCACGAUCUCGACCUGAUGCAGACACCAUGGUCGGGGUUCUUGGACCUCCAUGCGUGCAUACUGGCUAUCCGGUCGCAGGAGAGAGCGUGGGGACUGUCGCAAGGGAAGCGGUUUUGCACGACGAAUUCGGUGUAGACCAGUUUUGGACCCUGUGAAGUCCGCGCUGCAAGAGCUCGACACCGUGCUGGGGGCGUGCUUGGGACCUGACAUCGCGUCGGAUGCUAAUGUCCGGUGGAUUGUGCUGGAACUCCUGGUGUGCCUGGUGCUGGUGUGCGCGCAGGAGAGGACGUACGGCUGAAGGAAGGAAAGCCGUGGCGCGAGCCUACCUCAGAGGCGUAGCGAACACCGUACACACGCCGUGGACGGAUGAGGGCUGGUGUUGUUUCUUCUGCCCGGGAGCACCCGCCCCAUUGUCCUAAUUCGGUUUCGCAACUCUCUGACAAACCGCCAUCUGCCCUCUUCAGGAUGCUACGCCUCUUGUCAAUGAGCUGGCUAGGUCUUCGCCCGUUUCCGGCGGCUCAGUCCCCUGUUCUGCGCAGGUCAGCGGGCACGCAUGGCUAUGACAUGUCACACAGCUGCGGAGAAGCGGGGAUCUGUUCCACGAGGCGGUCACGCCGAAGUGAUAACUUGUGCCUCCCGACGCCACUGAGCCACUUGCAUACCCAGUGGCACCAAACGGUAGCUUGACCUUUUCUUUCCCUCCCAAGCGGGUGCCAGCUGCACUUCCAGAUAUUGUCUCAUUACCCGAAAAUAUAGCAUUAUGGAUGCCAAAGGUCGGAUCAUGGCAGUACCGUCCACCA